AUGUCGUGGUUCGAUCCGGUUGCGCAUCUUGAAGAUCCAGAAUGGCCUAAGCUUAACGAAGCUGGGUUCACCGAAAGUCCGCAUCUGUGGUUCGACGAUGGGACGGUGGUGAUCGUCUGCACUGGUUCCCCGGAUCUGAAGAUGGGCUUCCGCAUCAACGAGAGCGUAUUGUGUCUGAACUCUUCUGUGUUCAAGGACAUGUUCUCUGCCGGUCAGCCUCAGCACCUUGCGCGCGAGGACUCGUUCGAAGGUUGUCCGAUUGUACGUCUUCCGGAUGACUCUUUCUCCAUGAACAACCUUUUGCGGAUGCUCUACGAAAGAAGUUACGGGCAGAAUCUCAAUGACUUCACUCUUGCUGAGAUUGAGGGUGUGCUGCACCUUGCCUCGAAGUACAUGGUUUAUCACGUUCGCACCGUGAUAGUCCAGCAUCUUGAGACGCUAUUUCCGACCUCGCUGCAAGACUAUCGCAGGAAUCCUUCCACGCCGCACGAGGAAUGCUUCCGAGGCCUCAAGAUCGCAAUCCAGUUCGACCUUCCCUCGCUCAUUCCUUGCGCCAUGUAUCUUUGCUCGUUGCACGAGGCCCAAUACAUAUUCGCCGAACUGCAUCACCUCGACCUGGAGUCCGAGAUAAAGAACGUGUUAUCGUUCAAGGAGGAGCUCGCCGAUCGUAUCACCAACGAUGUUCUUACCUCGGAGUACUUCGUGUUCGACGGGAAAUGCGUGAAGACGCCGGCCAGCGUCGGAUGCAAUGGCAUCGAUCCUACGACUGCACGACGUAUCCUGGUCGCAUAUAUGGACAGCAAGAUUGACGUCUUCGCGAACAACCCCACGGAUAAUCUACGUGGUCAGACCGACCCUCAAUGUUGUUUUGCAUGUGUCCGCGACCGCCAGCGCCUCGAGGAAGAGAAAUACAAGCUUAUGCUUUGGGGCCAUCUUCCCAGUCUUGCGUAUGUUGAUGACUCUCGGGAAUGGACUACGUGGGCGCAUGUGGAUCAAGCUCGCCGUGACGCUAUCCAGACAUGGGCGAUGGCUCCACGGAGUGCGCAAUAG